CAUGAAAAUUUCACGUCCCUGAAGCUGCUCCUGGGCGGACGUUUUCCUUUCGCUCAUCCCCUCCUUGGCCAGCUUGCAGGCGGAAUCCGUUGCUUCUUGGAUGCGCCCACGGCGCUGGUCUCUUGCAGGGCAAAAGGCGGCGAACCAGAUCGCGCCCCCGCCCAGAGACGCCGCCUCCGGGGCUCUUCGGGUCGGCUUCUCGCCGCUUCUCGGCUCCUUCAGCGAGGAUGUCCGAAUCCGAGGAAGGCAGCGAGUUCGGCUACAUAGUGGAGUUGUUAGAGAAAGGCAAGGUUACCAUUAAGAAUAUUGAACGAGAACUCAUCUGCCCAGCAUGCAAGGAAUUAUUUACACAUCCGCUUAUUCUCCCUUGUCAACAUAGUAUCUGCCACAAAUGUGUAAAAGAAAUUCUCUACUUCACACUUGAAGAUUCGUUCAAUGAUGCUGCCUCUGAGACGUCCAAUCAAAGUAGUCCUCGUAUCCGGAUUAGUUCACCUAGCAUGGAUAGAAUUGACAGGGCUAGUAGAUCAGAUCCUACCAUCCACACAGGUUGGAAACGCAAUUCAUUGACUCCUAGGACAACUACGUUCCCUUGCCCUGGGUGCCGGCAUGAUAUAGAACUAGGAGAGCGUGGCAUCAGUGGCCUCUUUCGCAACAUCACCUUGGAAACUAUAGUGGAGCGAUACAGGCAGGCAGCGAGGGCAGCUACAGCCAUUAUGUGUGAUCUAUGUAAACCCCCACCACAAGAAUCCACAAAGAGCUGCAUGGAUUGUAGUGCAAGUUAUUGCAAUGAGUGCUUCAAAAUACAUCAUCCCUGGGGAACGUUGAAGGCCCAGCAUGAAUAUGUGGGGCCAACUACCAACUUCAGGCCAAAGAUUUUGAUGUGUCCAGAACAUGAAAUGGAGAGAGUAAAUAUGUAUUGUGAACUAUGCAGAAGGCCUGUUUGUCAUCUUUGCAAACUGGGGGGCACACAUGCAAACCACAGAGUGACUACCAUGAGCAGUGCCUACAAAACACUCAAGGAGAAGCUUUCAAAGGACAUAGACUACCUCAUCAGUAAGGAGAGCCAAGUAAAAAGCCAGAUUACUGAACUUGGUCUUUUAAUGAAAGAAACGGAGUGCAAUGGUGAAAGAGCUAAAGAAGAAGCAUCAAGCAGUUUUGAUAAGUUGUUUGAUGUUUUAGAAGAAAGGAGAGCAACUUCACUAAGGGCUAUUGAAGCUUCCAAAAUCCUAAGACUGGAGAAACUGCAAUCUCAAAUAGAAGAGUAUCAGGGACUUCUAGAAAAUAAUGGCCUUGUGGGAUAUGCCCAAGAAGUUCUCAAAGAAACAGACCAGUCUUGUUUUGUUCAGACAGCAAAACAGCUCCAUGAGAGAAUUCAGAAAGCUACUGAAUCUCUGAAGAGCUUCAGACCUGCAGCACAAGCUUCUUUUGAAGAUUUUGUUGUUGAUGUAACAAGACAACAGGAGGCUCUUACAGACUUGUCUUUUCAUUCAAGUGGUCUUGAUAUACCAGAGAUCAAUGAGGAACAGUGCAAAAUUUAUAAUAAAGCUUUGAUCUGUUGGGAUCAUCCACAGAGAGCAGGUUCAGCUGAUACCUACAUCCUUGAAUAUCGUAAAAGUAAUAAAGAAGAGGCAAAUCCAGCAUGGCAAGAGACUGAAGUUUUCAGCAAGAGCAAAGUUAUCUCUGACCUUGACACUAAUAGCUGCUAUACUUUCAGAGUCAGAGGAUAUAAAGGAUCUAUCUGUAGCCCUUGGAGCAGGGAAGUUAUCUUGCACACACCACCAGCUCCAGUUUUCAGCUUUCUUUUUGAUGACAAAUGUGGCUAUAACAGUGAGCGUCUCUUGCUGAAUGCAAGGAGAAAUGCUGUGGAAAACAGGGCUGGAUUCCCUCUGCUUUUGGGAGCUGAACGUCUCCAAGCAGGCUGCUAUACUACCCUAGAUUACAUUGUUGGUGACACUGGCAUCGUAAAAGGAAAGCAUUUUUGGGCUUUCCAUGUGGAACCCUAUUCAUACCUUGUGAAAGUCGGAGUGGCAUCUGACUCUAAGAUCCAAGAAUGGUUCCACAAUUCUCGUGAUCUCACUAGUCCAAGACUACAGUUGCAUGAUGCUAUGACAGAGAGAAAGAUCAGCCAUCCAGAAGAAAAAGGACUGAAAGAGGAGAAGGUGGGAAGACAAGAGAAAAGAUAUGAACAAGACAGUGGUCAUGACAGUGGGAGCGAAGACAUCUUUAUUGAGUCCUUGCAGCCUUUCACCUUGGUAACUGUAGGCAUGAAGAAGUUUUUUAUUCCUAAGGCUUCCCCUGCUCCAGCUGCUCCUAAAGAUUCUGUGAGUAGAAUUCUUCCCAUGCCAUCGUGCAUAGGAAUCUGUCUUGACUAUGACAAAGGCAGAGUUGGAUUCUAUGACGCAGACCGGAUGAAGUGUCUUUAUGAGCGCCAGGUGGACUGCUCUGGCAAAAUGUAUCCAGCUUUUGCAUUGAUGGGGAGUGCAGGAGUUCAUCUGGAAGAAACAAUUGCAGCAAAAUAUUUGGACUACCAAGACGAAGACAUGUGAUGCCCAAAAGUCCAUCUUAAACCUAAUGUCUUAAUUACAUCUUAUCUCCUAAGUGCUUCGCUGCACCACUGCUCUUGAGUCUUUCUGUUUUUGUUAUAAUUUCAGAUAGAAGUUUCCAUCUUUACUAGCUGUGUAGUCACCAAGAACGUCUUUCUUCACUCACUCAUUGGUCUGGCUUUUGGUAUGCUGUGACCUUGGACGCUGAAGAUUUUUUAGAAAACAAACCUUGGGAUUAGUAGCCUUGUUGCCUUUUCACAAGCUAGAAACCUGCCUGUCUAAUUUAAAUUCUUUCCUAGCUGGCACUUCUGACAUUCACAUUCCAUUGUUAAAUGGAAAUAGGAUCCAUACAGUGGUGCAUUUCUUAUGGUGAUCUAUUAUGUAUGCUCCUCACUUCAAAAGUAACCUAUUUUGUCUACAGUGAGUGACCUGGUGUCUCAGUAAGAGUUCCUAGGGCAUCAGUACUGGAUAAUGUGUUUUUCAUCUGUGCAAAGUACAUUGUAAAUCCAUGCUGCAACUCUGAGAGAUCUCUAUUGAAUAUGGAUUUAUGGUGACUUCUAAGGUUGACUUUAAAAAACUGGUAUAGCUGUGAUUAAUAACAAGAUUCACAUAUGUGUCUUCAAUACUGUAGGUUAUUUCUUCCAUACGGUGUAUUUAAAUAAGUGCAAUUUAUCUUGAAACAUCACCCCUUGAUGUUUAAAACUCUGUACAUAACAAUAUUUAGUCUUAUGGAGGGAUAAAAACACAGGCACAAAUGAGCAUACAUAGUUUUUUUUUAAAAGGGAGAUGACCGCAGUAUGAUGUUGGUUCAUUUUAUACCAUAACUUUGUGUUUUUAAACAAGUCCAUAAAAAUAAUUUUAGUGUGUUCAGAAUAAAAUGCACUGAUAAUUAAGUGUGAGAGAAUUUGUCUUAAGGUUUUAUCAUCUGUUAGCUAGAAAGCAAUUCAUUCAUCCCUGUUUAAACUCCAUGUAGCUUGUGGGAAAUUUUCAAAAGUAGACUGGGAGUGCUACAAGGAUAAUUUUCUUUUAGAAACAAAUGUAUGUUUUGUUUUACUAAAUACGUCAGAAGAAUAUUGAACAUGUAAGCAGUCUUUCAGAAUUUGAUAGUCAUUCUAGGUCAUAAAUUUGAUAGAGAUUCAAGAUCAUAAACUAAAUCAUACAGCCCAAAACAGUAAUUUUAACUUUUGUUAACUUAUUAAAUACUGACUUUGCCAUAACUUAUUUAUUGUACAGUGAAAUGGUACUCCACUUGAAAGAAUCCAUGAUCAUAACGUAAUCUUUUAAGUGGCUUUGGACAUGUUUGUUAUUUCUGUAUGAUACUUUUACAAUUUAAAAAUGUGACUUGUGCUGGAACUCCAUGAAAGAAGUGGUGCUUGCCCUUCAGUUUCAGGGACCAGAGAAAAGUCUCCACACUGGGCUUUGUAGAAGAGGGUACUGUCGAUCCAAACAGAAGACUUUUCCAAGUUCAAUUAUGCUGAACUACCCAGAAGAGUUUUGUUCUGUGUGUUUUUUAAAACAAGUUUCUACCUAAAGAAAGAGCACUUUAUAUACAGACUAAGCUAAAACUUGUUAGAUCAUUUCACCAUGUAGCUGCUGUAGUAGCCAACAAAUCUCUUUGUGUGACUACUGUGUGAUCUGCAAAGCUCGAUCCACAUGUCUAUCAUGUCAACAGUUUCCAAAAGAAUACUUAAAGCUUUAAUACUAACCACAAGGCCUUGUCUGAAAGUAUUGUGAAGUUGGAAUGUAACUUUCUCAAGACUUAUAAAAAAAUAAAUGUUAAAAAUAAAAUUGCCUUUAUUAUUA